AUGAAUAGUCAAUCAUCAACACCAAUAUUAUCAUAUAAGACACCAUCAAGUGAUGUUAACUCACCCAUAUCUUCACCGAAUGUGUCUUCUACUAAUUUAGAAAAGACAAAUAGGAAAGUAUCUAGAAGAAAAGCAUUACAUGAUUUUUAUCACAUCAAAGAACAACCAACGCAACCAGUCGAAACAGAAGAAUCAAAGAAGGACAGCAUAGAAGAUGUCAAUUUGAAUGAUCCAGAGAACAUAAAGAAGUUUAUUAACAAUGCUUCCAAUCUUGAGUUAUUAAAAUUUAGAAAUAUGCUUAGUUUGAAACUUUCAUCUUCAAAUCAGACUAAAAAAUCAAUAAUUUAUGAUAAUUAUUAUGAAUUGAUUAAAUUAUCUAAUACACUUGGUGAAUUAUCUGAAAUAAAGCCGAAACUGGAGUUACCGAAGAGUAAAUUGAGUGGGUUUGGAAUAUAUGAAGAACAACCUGAAUUAGAUCAAAAUUAUAUUGAUGAUACUUUGAAUGAAUUAUCUAAUUUUAUCCAGAAUGAGAGUGUGAAAUUUCAAGGUACUUUUGAAGAUGUUGUUAAAAAGCAUGAGUCUAAAGAGUAG